AUGCACGAGUUCACUGGUGUGGCCAAGCAUGCAAGCGGGCCUGUUACUGCUGCCAAGACGAUAUACGAGGAUGAGGAAGGGUACUUAAUCGUGGUGAGCAUGCUUUGCUCCGAUCCACACAGCGUCAAGGUGACCUGGAGGAACACGCUGACGCAUGGCAUCGUGAAGAUAACAUGCGUGAGCACUGCCCGGAUGCCCUACAUCAAGAGACACGACAGGACGUUCAAGCUGACGGACCCUUUCCCAGAGCACUGCCCUCCCGGUGAGUUUGUGAGAGAGAUACCUCUGGCCACACGGAUUCCAGAAGACGCGAAGAUUGAGGCGUAUUAUGAUGAGACAGGAACUGGACUGGAAAUCAUGGUCCCAAAGCACCGCGUUGGACCAGAGGAGCAUGAAGUUCAGGUGUGCAUGAGGCCCCCACAUUUUGGUGACAACGAUCUUGUGCUAUCCUAG